UCUGCGAUGCAAUCUCAGAACUCUGUAGAGCAACGUUCUAGCGUAAUUGUCUUAACGUCAGAUUUAUUUCCUUAGCAACAGAUAUAAUGGAGGUUACGUGAAGUCACCGACCGCAAUUAUAUGAUAGACAUCAACACUUUGAGACUUUGAUGACUAAUAAUACACUGUUCAUUCACAAUGUCGUCGGUAAAUUUGCCGCCAAUUAAGAACCAUGUUAAAUUCACUAAAUCCACCAAAUCAUUCUCAGCUCUUGAUACUGAGAACGUUAGUAAAAGUAGACGGAAAUCAGGAGUAAAGAAAAGCAAAGAAUUUGAUCCCGAUAAAAUUGCAGCAGAAGUUCGGUAUGCGGAACUGCAAUCAAUAUUUGGUAAUGCAGAAGAUGGUUUAAACAUAAAAGAGUUUAAAAGAGCAAUGAGGGACACUCUCGGUAACAAAAUGACGGAUGAUGAAAUUGAGCUUCUCUUCAUGAAGGUAGAUGCUAAUUGUGACGGAGUGGUUGAUUGGGAGGAAUAUGUAACAUAUAAUCUAUUAGAAUAUCAAGGGAAGUUACUGAUGAAAGAAAUGAUGAAAGAAAUACCUUUUCCCCACGAACUCAAAGAAAUUCCGAGUCGUCACCGAGAGGUAAUUGUUUCGAUUCUAUUUUACCCGAACGUGCGGAGACGAGACGGUCGCUGUUAUAUAGACCAUACAAAUGGUAGGUAUGUUACGAUCAGCAAGGAGGGACUUUUGUCAAUUUGGAACGUGCAUAUGAAGUUUGUCACAAGCUAUAAUACAAUAUCGGAGAUUGGAGAGAGAGCAACACAGCCAUGGUUGAUCGAUUUGGCGUGCAUUUACAAUGUAGGAAUGGUAGCAAUUUCGUCAACAGACCGUGACAUUACUGUUUUUGAUCUAAAAGGAAACAAUUUUAGGAAAAAAUAUCAUCUGAUAGGACUGGAUGACUGUAUAACGUGCAUGCAUUACUGGGUAGACUUAAAUGAUAUGAACGAAUCAAAACUCCUUUGGGGAGACACGUCGGGAAGCGUUUGUGUAAUUGUAUUCAAGCAAUGCCUUCGUGGAGGCCUGUUUGGUUCCUUUGGUGUGAAAAAAGGUGGAUUUAAAAGAAUUAGCUUGCCUGAAGUUAUAAGAGGUUUCUACAAAGGUGCUAGAGGAUAUAGAUUCAACCGAGUACAUACUGAUUGGGUGUUGCGAUUAAGGUAUAUUCCAGAAUUGACCUCCUUCUUGUCUUGCAGUCAAGCUUCCGAAAACUCACUUUGCUUGUACGAAUUCGUAAAGAAAAAGACGAACUCAACCUUUAAGAUCAAUAAGGGAGUCCUUUGUUUUGAUUACUGUCCAGGAAAUAACAUCAUUGUUACUGGUGGCAUGGAUUACUGUAUCCGAGCAUGGAAUCCACAAGUUAAUGCAAAGUCUAUGUAUGUGUUGAAAGGAUACACGAAGCCAAUUAAUCAAGUUGUCAUUAAUUCCCGAAAAGGCCAGAUCAUUGGUAUUGACAAAAAACGUACUAUACGAGUAUUCGAUAUGAAAGACCAAUCAUGUCUUCAGCAUGUUAGUGGUAGAGUAGUCAAACUUGGAAAAACUCCAUUGUCAGCGGUUUACUUAAACCCAGUCUUACAAACAUUAAUCCUAGCUACAAAUCAACUUGCCGUGCUUCAGAAAUCUAACGAGGAUGAAAGGGUUGCAGAAAUCGAGUCCCAUACCAAACCAGUGGUUUGUGUUCUAUAUAACAAACUCUUCAAAUUCGUAGUUAGUGCUUGUCAGGAUUCCGUGAUCAGUGUUUGGGAUCUGUAUACUGGAGAAAAAAUUAUACAUGCUGCCAAUGCACAUGUUCGUGAGCAGAAGGGCAUCGUAGUACCGGUAGAAAUAACAGCAAUGGCAUUUGAUGGUCCACUACGGCGUGUUAUCACUGGGGCUAUGGACGGUAGUAUCAAAGUAUGGAAUUUUAAUAAUGGAAGUUGCCUGCAGACAUUUAACACUCCGGAUGGAUUAGAAAUAACCGGCAUAGUUAGUAUCAAUCAUCGAAUAUUUGCCACUGGUUGGUCGAGGAAGAUGCAUAUUUACAUUGAUGGCAGAGGAGAGGAGCAUCGAAAAGAUUGGAGGCAGAAACACAACGAAGAUAUCUUGUGCAUGUCUUAUUUAAGUCCCAAUAUCAUCGCAACUGGUGCUUACGAUGGCGAUGUGGUUGUGUGGUCACGUGACACUGGACACGUUUACUGUAUCCUAAAUGCAGGAAAGGGGAUAAAGCCAAUUGGAGAUACCAAAACCAAGAAUAGAGAUGGCAGACCAGACACAACCCAAAGCGGAAAAUCAGAAGCUAAAUCAAGUGAAGUAAGUUUUUCGUCUAAUAUAUUUGAGAAUCUUGCUUCAGAAGAAAUGAUGAAAAAGAGAGUAAGAAAAGCGAGUUUUUUACAUAAAAACAAAGACAUGCUAAACAGAGUUAAAGGAAACGUCUUAAUGAAAGACAACAAGUGGUCUCAGAAAAUCGGUCGCUUAGAUGAUACACCAGUAGAACAUCCGUUACUCCCAUUGUAUAGGAACCAAGAAGAUUCACCCGUAGAUGGAACUAACCAGAAACCUCCGAGUAGGGCCUUGAGUAGACGAGAAGAUUAUGACGAACUUUGUAAAAUGUAUGAGUCGUCUAUUGAAUGCAUCUUAUUUUUAGAAUCUCGUGAUAGAGAAAGCGGGGAAACAGCCAUCUUAAUUACGAGCGGAGCAGAAGGAUGGAUUCGUGCGUGGUCAAUUUACCACCCAGGAGGCCUUUUAGGUCAAUUUAAUGCUGCACAUAAAGUAGGAGAAGGUGUACAUACAAUGUGUACUGAUGAAAAAAAUAAUUUUUUAUUCACAGCAGAUAGCUGUGGAUACGUUAAAACGUGGGAUUUGUCAGAAUAUUGCACAAAGAAAGUGCUUACCAAGGCACAAAGGGCAAAGCGAUGGAAAUAUCUUAAUGAGACGUUCAAAUUUGUAAAAUUUUCAUAUUGUUAUGAGCAGCCACCGGAAAUCCUUAUCUCUUCAAACAAAAUGCCAUCCAACAUCAACAACAGACCACCACCAGCAUCUUCGUUGCCAAAGAUAACACUUAAAUGGCCCUUUCUAGUGAACUCAUAUCGGGCACACACAAAAAUAAUCAACAAAAUAGAAUAUGUUGAAGGCGAUAAGCUUCUAAUAACUGCAAGUAGCGAUUGUGCCAUUCGACUUUGGACCAUGAAUGGACUUUAUAUAGGUACGUUUGGUGAAACCUGGGAAUCGAUUCCAAAUAUAUUAAAUCUGAUGCCUACAACAAAAAUCCGUAUUCCAUCUGAUUUGCGUCGAUCAGGUUCGGCCAGUACUUUAAAGGUAUUAAACGGAGGACGUUCAGGAUUAUGGCAGAAAGCACUGGAUGGGGCAAAGAAAAUUAUCCGUGAUAAAGCCGAAGAAGCGGAGUUUGAACAAAAAGUACAAGAUGAUCAGUCACCUGAAACCAAAUCACCAUGUGAUGACGGUGAUGGUCCGGAAACUGCAAGGCCAAUCCCAGCUAGCCGUCCAAAACCCCCCAAAACCGGUGGUGUUUGCAGCGACAUACUGGGAAAAUCAUACAAAAAGACAAUGAGACACAAGAUGCCGCCUAAAAUGGACAAGUUUGUUGAAAUUAAUUCAUCGGUGAGUAACUUUUGACAUUGAUGUGCAUGCGUCGUCAAAAUGAUUAAAAUACUAGUCACAUGAUACUAGUUACGAGUAGUAUACAAAUACUUGUAAAUGAAAAAGUAAGGCAUACAUAGAGGUUUUAGCAGUAUGUAGAUCCAGUUGUAACGGCCUUAAUCCCGAGUCUGAACCGAUCGCUAUUAAUUCUAUAAACAAUAGCUGAAUACAUUUUGUCUAAUUAUUUCAGCAAGAUUAAUAAGAAUAUAAUAAAUGUGUACACUAAUGGGUAAUAAUAGAUUUUAAGCAUUCUGAUUGAAAUUCAGACCUAAAGGCUAUAUUAACUCGCUUGCUAGUAUACAUAUAACGAAAUCUACUAUAUAACAAUAUACCGGUACAUGUAUUAUGUCAAUGAUAGAUAAAACGUACGGAACAUAUACCUUUAUAAUAUCUCAAUUGAAAAACUAAAUAUGAAUAGUUAUAUGUUCGCUGCCAAAUUUCAAAAUAAAUUUGUUCUAAAGGUUUUGUUAACAGAGAAAUGUAUUAUGCAUAAAAAAAAUAAAGAUAAUAUGUCCAGUUGCGUAUUCUCUGAGAUAUACAGGCUGUCUAGAUUUUGCAAAUUGAAAUGUCAACUUCUGAAGCAAUGUUGUCUUCUCCGAACUUUCCUUCGGUAAUCUCUAUUUUAUUUUGCGAUUUGCAAAGAUCUCAGCACACUCUACAACUAGUAUACAUAAAUACUAAUCAUAUUAAAAUAAAAAAAUAACAAUGCAGUGUGAAAUUGUACCGACACCCCUCAACCAUGCACUAUUUUCAAUAUUGAAGUUAAACUUAUUUAUCAGGUCUCUUUUUUCUGCUUUAAUAGAUUGCUGUUUAUCGUUGCCUGCCAUUCUCAGAACUUAACGUGGACAAUGAUCCAGAACAAAUGAAACGUAUAGAUGAAUUAAGAACACUUUAUUUUGGUGGAUCUCUUCUGUCUAGAAUGAAAGGAAAUUUAUAUGCUCGCAAUCGAGAGAAAGGACCUGCUUUUGCUGGUUUAUACAACAAAAUUACACAGCGGCAACCUUUACCGAAAGGUAAAAACCAAGCUGGAAGAAUCAAACGAGCACAGAAUACAGUAAAAAAGACACCAGCAUCUUUCUUUGACAGCCUCACUAUUAAAGAAUACAAACAUGAAACUGAUACAAUAGACAAAAUACUCAAGGACUGAACAUUGUAAAAUUAUACGUCUCUUGAAGGUGUAUUAAACAAUAUGAUACUACAAUUUAGAAAAAUAUUAAACUGAAGAUUAUUGUGUACUAUAGUAUGAUGGCAGUGAAUUAAGAGAUUAGUAUAUGUUUAAAAUGUGUAACAAAUGAAAAUAAACGUUAAUAUGUAUAUAUACAGAACA